AGGUGGCAUUGUUAGCGGAGGUGGGUGUGUGUUUUUGUAUUUUUAUCUGGAUUCUAAUUGUCCCUUUCGAAUAAGGCGUUCAGAGCGAUAGCCGAAGCAAUCAAAAUGUGGCCAUACCCCGCCACAUUAUCUCUUGCUGCUCUACCACGUUCUAUUGUAGCAUGUGUGUUAUCCCUUGUUGGUCCACCCGCUGAUCGCUGCUCGUAUAAGAAUAGGCAACUUUAUCAGAUCGAUGCGAUUGAGUUGCUAGAGCGCUCAUUCUUCGUGCUAAUCCGCCCUGACACCCUUGUAGCACGGGAACUGUUCUCGAGACAUACGCGGCCUGGGUCGCGCGCUGUUCAGUGUGCCGGGAAGCAUCGUCGGAUGCAGAGCGAAGCGCAUCGACAAUUCGCAAUAGUGCAGCACCAGGAAGUGUGCGGAAACCAAAAAUAGCCACGCGUCUAAACGUAAACUAUCGAUUCGUAAUGCGAUCGCGCCCAUCGCGAUUCUCGUGCCAAAAGUGUCAGAAGAACGAGUAUAUGCUGACCAACCGUCUCUAGUGCUGCUGUACUCAUUGCGCUCCGUGUUAUCGUAUUUCUUUGUUUGAAUUGCUCUGUCCUUUCAUGCUGGUAGGAGACUCGUGCAAGAUGCCUCCCAUCGCGCAGCUGAGUGUAAUUCUGUUCGUUGUCCUGAUUUGCUGGAGCGUGCCGAUUGGUCGGGCCGACACGGUUCCAAUUUUCCCGGCCAAAAGUCUGUCCAUAGCUGAAGGAGCGGGUUUUCUCGCUUUCUUAAAUCCGAAUGGUGAAACCGUGCUGAGGGAAGCUUCUGCAACGGAUGGCCACUGGAUACACUGUUCGGUGUCGGUUAACAAUGUUCAGUACAGUUUGGACAGUGAUCAGAUUCAUCGGAUCGGCGAUAAAACGACCGUUGAGCGGUAUGAUUCGGAGCGAUGCGGCGUGCGGGUCAAAAACCUUCAGAAAGCUCUCGAAACGAAAUGGACCAUGUACGGUACUGAUCAGACGGGUGCGGAUAGUACGGGAGUGCUCGAUGUAACCGUUACAUCAAUAAAAUUUAUCGACGAACUGAAUGUAACCGUUAGUGGAGCCUCAUCCACCGCGACUGUGAAUUGCCCGGACAAGGACGGUUCCCGAUACUGCCGCAUUAUCGAUGCAGACCAAGUGGUGUCCGAAUCCUGCACCAAAACGGUCGAUCUUACUCAGCGGGUCAGCCACUUCUGGUGUCACACAAUGUUCUGGGGUGCAAUGACGGAGAGGAUCACGAAGAUCAAUCUAUUCGUUGCGGAGAACGAUCGUGACGUGAAGGCGAAUGUGGAGGAAACGGAGGACCAUAUCGUGCUCACUUGCCAGUACCGGUCGACGGUUUCGCUGUGCCGCGCCUUAUCGGAAGCAGAUAAUCGCCAGCUCAUGCUGCUUGAUGGUCAUCUGUCUGGGCGUUACUCGGCGUACAAUACAAAAAUUUCGAAUGGGAUCUGUUCGUUGGAAAUCAAGAAACCUCUUGCUCCGGCAGAUGUUGGCGUAUGGCGCAUCUAUCAGCAGCUAAACCCUACCGACUACACCGGGUGUGUGUUUGACGUGAAGGGAAGACGAUUCUCCAAAGGGCGUUCGAUUCGUACUCGUGGUUCCCCAGUGAAAAGUAGCCGAGUCGAGCUAACAGCAACCGAUAUCGAAAUUUUCCACGAUCCGCGAUCCUCGAGCGCAACCGUAACGGAACUGUCCUGCGAGGCCCCGUACGCUAUCGAUUAUUGUUACCUUUCCGGACCCACCGGCAGUGAUCAUACGCCCGAAAAAUUCGAUCGUCUCAAAUCGCUCGGCAUCUGUCGAUUCAAGGUGACCAACAUUACGAGCGGUGUAUGGGCCUGCGGCAUUAACGAUCAAGAUGGUGCGGAAGAUCAUCUCACGUACUACAACGUGAGCGUGUUCCAGCAACCGGGGCAAACCGUUACCAAUCAGCUAACGGCCAGCACGGGCGAUCGCGAACAACGGCUGCUCUGUCGCACGAUUCUCGACCUUCCGAUCGAUAUCUGCCGUUUUGUCGAUCCAUCCGGUGAGGUGCAUGGAGUGUCGAAUCAGAUGAAACCGUCGGCUGAAGCUCGCUACCGUUACUACGGAAAAGGAUUGCGCGAGGGCGAAUGCGGACUGGAGAUAGUGGAGCUACGGGACAAGGACUUUGGCCAGUGGAAGUGUUUGUUUAAGGUGCGCGGACGGGAGUACGAAAUUUCGAUGGAGGUUGUUGAAGAAGCUAUGAGUGUCGGUGCGAUCAUAGGGAUCAGUAUUGCAGCCACAAUAGUGCUCGGCAUCAUCGGAAUAUUUGCCUACCGGAAGCUAAACCGACGCUACACCGGUCCGACCUAUACCGUUUCUUCUAGUAUGUCGAACGUAUCGAACGGUUCGCAUCGGUCUUGAGCAACAAGAAGGAUAUCGCGAAGAACGAGCAUUUACUUGUGUGUGCGUGUGGUUUGUGUUGUGUUUAAUUGUUCCUGUUUGAACCACAAAUAUAAGUAUUACGUUUUGGCCGUA